CCAUUUUGUCUGAAUUAUUUGACAUUUCAGUCAAAAGUUUUGACGCCCUUACAAAUAAAUCAAUUUUUAACUAUUGCUGAACGGUUAGUAAUUCGUGAAAUGUGCAUAUAAAGUGUCGAUAAUAUCCGCUAAAAUGUUGCCAAAUAUCCAAGACAAACGGGAGUUAGAUAGAUACCUGAAGUUUCUAGUAUUAAAAUCAGCACAAGUUAUUGUUCAAUCUAGACUUGGCGAAAAGAUUAGAACAGAAUGCUAUAUAGGCCAAAAUCACUGGGUGAGUGUUUUUAACGUUGCUAUUCAAGACCAGCCAGACGUUCUGCUCGAGACGAAACGUGUACUAGAUAACACACCUGGUGAUACGACAAUAGCAAAGUUUCCACUAUGUGUCGAAAUAACUUUGGAAACUGUGGAAGGAGACAAAAUGAGCCUUGAAGUGUGGUCAUUGAAUAUAAUAUCUGACCAAAACGAUCCAUUAUUUAGAGCUCACUAUGGGCAAACGUAUAAUGGUAUGAGCAUACUGUUGAAAUCAUUAAUAGCCGUGACGAGAGCAACGCCAGCCUAUAAAUUGUCCCGAAAACAAAGUCCCGAUUCGUAUAACAUUUUUUAUCGAGUAUAUGCGGGCGAACCACUUACUCAUAAUUUAGGUGAAGGAUUCAAACAAGUACGUGUCGGCCAACUAGGCACUGCAGCUGGUACAUUAAGCAUGGCUGUGGCAUAUCGCACAAAGAUGACCAUAUCGCCGACACAGACCGGACGAGACAAUACCAUCAUGUUAAAAAGUGAUCACUUUUUGAAGGACUUAAGUCCAAAGAAUAUUCGCUACCAUCACGCCAAUAAGAAAAAUGAAAAGAAGGUGAUUGAUCUUGACAAGCCAUUGAAGCCUGGUGCCUUCGUCGAUACAUCAAAGAUCAAACAAUAUACUGAAGAAGAUUUUAUCCUCCCGGAAACUCCUCCAUUCAGCUGGCUACUAAGGAAAACAAAGGAGGAGGAACUGGGAACAUCCCCCAAAUCAGACGACGAAUCUCAAAUAAAGUUAGGUGUCUCACCAUCAAAAACUGACAUAUCGAUGAACAAUAACACGGUUCCGUUACGGGGCUCCGGUGAAGCUAUCGCCAAAUCAAAUAGUCCACCAUCAUCUGUACUGGACAGCAAGCGAUCGUUUCGGGGUGGCAAAAAGUUACCGCCAGAAGAUGAACGUUUAAUGAAAGAACUGCAUUUUCCAUUUGCUACACCGAACACACCAAUGAAUGAUUUGGCAAAAUUUUAUCGUGACUGUUUCAAUGCGCCGCCACUGCAAGAAUUCACUCACACACCGGUCGAAGAGGAAGUUACCGUCGACGAUUUGACAAUGCAGCUGGAACAGUUCGAAACAUCACUCGGCGAUUACGAUGCGUUAGUAACAUCGAUAUGCAGUCAAUCCGUUGACAACAAUUCGAAUAGUUAGAAUGGGUUUUUUGGUUGUUAUUUUUUUGCUGAUCAAUACGGUCUUGAUUGCGUAUUCUGUUGCAUGGUGAAUAUGCCAAUAACAUAAAAAAAGAGGAAAAAACGAUGACGAUUUUGUGUUAGAUUUUGAAUUAUGCGCAAAAUGUGGUAGGGAUGUUGGUUCAUUUUUGACUGAAUUUUUUUUCGGUUGUAAAAAUGCUUUAGGGAGAGAAUCGGUGAGAGAAAUUUUGCAAAAAUGUGUAAAAUGGUGAGAGACUAUGCCAUAUAAAUUCUCUAACUUAACUAAGUCUGCGAAAAUACAAAACUGUUUCAUUUAAUAAAACGAAAGAAAUGAGAAAUUUGUUCCUUGCGCAAGUAGAGAAGACAUACAGCGAUAGAUAGACAAUGAGAGAAAGAAAAAUGUUAAUUUAUUUGUGUUGAUUUUAUGAAUUUUUCCAUUUAUUCCGUUUUUUUUUUUUUUUGUUUCGGUUAAUUGAUUUGACAAAGCCAAAUUGUCGUUCUUUGAAUGUUCGUGAGAGAAAGAAGAAAAGAGAUUCUGUAGAACAAAUUUUUAUACAAAUUUUUGAUAUUUUUAUAAAAUGUGAAAAACAUGGAAAAAUAUAAAUUAAAAGAAAAGUUUGUGAGAAACUUAAAAGCUUAAAUUUUUAUAAAAGAAAACUGAAUUAUGUGAAACAAUUAACUCUAUUUACACAUGAACACAGUGUUGUAUUAGAUCAGAAGAA